AUGUCUGUUCGAUACAGCUCAAGCAAGCAGUACUCUUCCUCCCGCAGUGGAGGAGGGGGGGGAGGAGGAGGGUCAUCCCUCAGAGUUUCGUGCAGCAAAGGCUCCAUGGGUGGAGGAUUUAGCUCAGGGGGGUUCAGUGGUGGCUCUUGCAGCCGGGGGAGCUCGGGUGGGGGCUACUUUGGGAGCUCAUCAGGAAGCUUUGGAGGAGGGUUAGGAAGCUUUGGUGGAGGUGGCAUGGGUGGGAGCUGUGGAGGCAGCUUUGGCGGGGGCUACGGAGGGGGCAGCUUUGGCGGGGGCUACGGAGGAGGCAGCUUUGGCGGGGGUAGUUUCGGAGGAGGCAGCUUUGGCGGGGGCAGUUUCGGAGGAGGCAGCUUCGGUGGGGGUGGUGUGUUCGGUGGGGGAGAUGGCGGCCUCCUCUCCGGAAACGAAAAGGUAACCAUGCAGAAUCUAAAUGACCGCCUGGCUACCUACUUGGACAAAGUCCGGGCUCUGGAAGAUUCAAACUAUGAGCUGGAGGGCAAGAUCAAGGAGUGGUAUGAAAGGCACGGCAACUCGGGCCAGCGAGAGCCUCGUGACUACAGCAAAUACUACCAAACCAUCGAAGACCUGAAAAACCAGAUCCUCAACCUAACUACUGACAAUGCCAAUGUCCUGCUCCAGAUCGACAAUGCCAGGCUGGCAGCGGAUGACUUCCGGCUGAAAUACGAGAACGAGGUAACCCUCCGCCAGAGCGUGGAGGCCGACAUCAACGGGCUGCGCCGGGUGCUGGACGAGCUGACGCUGAGCAAGUCUGACCUGGAGAUGCAGAUCGAGAGCCUGACUGAAGAGCUGGCCUACCUGAAGAAGAACCACGAAGAGGAAAUGAAAGACCUCCAGAAUGUGUCCACUGGUGAUGUGAAUGUGGAAAUGAAUGCUGCCCCCGGCGUCGAUCUGACUCAACUUCUGAAUAACAUGAGGAGCCAAUAUGAACAACUUGCUGAGAAAAACCGCAAGGACGCUGAGAACUGGUUUAACGAAAGGAGCAAAGAACUGACUACAGAAAUCGAUAGUAACAUUGAACAGAUAUCCAGCUAUAAAUCUGAGAUUACCGAAUUAAGGCGCACGGUGCAAGGUUUGGAGAUCGAACUACAGUCCCAAUUAGCCCUGAAACAAUCCCUGGAAGCUUCCCUGGCAGAAACAGAAGGCCGCUACUGCGUGCAGCUCUCCCAGAUUCAGGUGCAGAUCAGCGCGCUGGAGGAGCAGCUGCAGCAGAUCCGAGCCGAGACCGAGUGCCAGAACGCCGAGUACGAACAGCUGCUGGACAUCAAGAUCCGGCUGGAGAAUGAAAUUCAAACCUACCGCAGCCUGCUAGAAGGAGAAGGGAGGUGAGUCGCACACACGCCUUAUUGUACCGAGAAGAAAGGGCUCUGUCGGGGCGUCCGGAACGAGCGCGGGGAAAGAAAGGGAAGUCACAGAUCACUGAGCUGCCCCAAGAACGCGUUUAGGAGCCCCUGGCACAUCCCAAGGUACGCUUCCAACAGCCCGUGCAGCAAGGACUCUCCGAGCCAACCAGGAGGCUCGGGAUACAAACAAACAAACCAACCAACCCAAAAAAAGCGUGCGCAGCACCGUCCUUCGCUUCUCGGGAUGUCAAGUGUACACAACUCUUUCUCUCUCUCUUUUUUAUUUUUUUUGGCAUAGGAAAUGAAGUCCUGUCUGGUUUUACUCGUUGUUAUAAAAACUUGGACAGCUUGAACGCUAUUUCUAAAGGUGGAUUUCACACACAUACAUGGCCGCUUGUUUUCCCUCGACAACGCUUUAUUUCCUAAAGUCACGGGCCUCCGACCCUACCAGUGCGUGAGAAACUGAAAAGGACCCCUUUUUCUCAGCAGUUCCGGCGGCGGCUCCCACGGCGGACAC